UUGUCUGCACUCACUGCUCACAUUCUGUCUCCUUCCCAACAGAAACCCGUUUAAAAGCUGACAGGUUCAAUUUUGGACUAUGAGGGAUGUUUUGUGACACACUCAUGGAGGAAUAAAAGAUAACGGAUGGAAACCCAGAGGAGGUGCUCUGGAGAUGACGGUGAAGGAGAGAGAGGCCUGCUGCACACCUGGAAAGGCUACUCUUACAGUGUGGCCCCUGAGAGACUACUUCUCCCACAGUCUGUUCUCCAGGUUGCUCUGGGUAGAAAUCAUGGAGUCUUGCUGGUGGAAGGUGGUCAGGUGUUCACUUUCGGGCAUCUGCCAUGGAAGCAAAGUCAAACGGCGGAGUUUACGGCUCCCACUUUAGAGAGCGCACUCGGUGGACAGCGAGUUGUUGCUCUGGCUGCUGGGAGUUUCCACAGUGGGGCGGUGACCGAGGAUGGCGGCGUCCAUAUGUGGGGUGACAACAGCGCAGGACAGUGUGGUUUGUUGGGCCUCAGCUCCGUUCCCAACCCGACUCCAGUCGCUCUAGUGGACUCAGACUGCAGCCCCCUGCAGCACACUGUACCGGUUCUGGAGCUUGCCUGUGGGGAGCAGCACACUCUGGCACUCUCGGUCCAGCGGGAGGUAUGGGCUUGGGGAAGUGGUUGCCAGUUGGGCCUCAACACCACAGUUGUUCCAGUCUGGAAACCACAGAAGGUUGAACAACUGGCUGGCAGGUUUGUACUUCAAGUGACCUGUGGCGCUUUGCACAGUCUGGCUUUGGUACGCUGCCUCACCCCGCAGGACGUCAAGCGGCCCCCUGCAGACAAAUGUGGGCAAUGUAAGCAGCUGCUAUACACCAUGACUGACAAAGAGGAUCAUGUCAUCAUUUCUGACAGUCACUACUGCCCACCUGGAUUGGAGCAGCCUGAAGAUGUUGGAAGGCUUGAGGUGUCCUUAUCUACUCCUCUACUCAAGACUUCUCCAUCAGAACCUACCCUUUCUUCCCAAACACCUGCCUCACCUCCAGCACCUGUCAGCAACAAUGACCCUUUCCAAAAUGUGGACAAACAAGAGUCAUGUUUGGCUGAGGAGGGGCUACCUACGUUGAACGUUGACCUCUCUGAGGCACAGUGCAGUCAGGCAACAAGUGCCAAAUGUUCACCUUAUCCAGAUGAGCAGGCCGUCAAAGAUUACCUGCAGAAGCUCUUGGAUAACACUCAGGCUGAAAAAACACCAAAGGUGACAAAGGGAGGACUGCAUAACCUGCUGCCAUCAGCAUCCGGACUCAUCGGCACCUCUUCUACAAAUGCCCUCAACAAUCUGGUGGCCUCUUGCGCCUCGGCAGUGGGUGAGAGGGUCGCCUCCACCUACGAAGCCUUGUCCCUCAAGAAAAUGAUGAGCCUCUACCUUCCUGGAACGUUAAGAUCGGGUGGGCCAGUCAGUUUUACAGGAGAUGUUCCCAGAGCUGGUGAGAACACCCCCGAGCAUGUCCGCCGAGAAGACUCCAUGCAGGCCAAGAAGAGUUCCAGCACAGGAGAUAUUCGUGAAGAGGAGGCAGAGCGCAUGCAGCGCCGCCUCUCGCUCCCGGGACUCCUCUCACAGGGUAGAUACGCUGUUCACCUCUUAUCCUCCUCCUAUGCACUGCUAUUGUCUCCGCGGCUGCUUCGUAAAGUUGGCCGUUCUAAGACGGCCGCUGUGCCUCUGACACCAUUGGGAGUGUCAGACCCUGAGGCCCAGGAGGUGCUGCCCACCCUGCAGACGGAAGUGUGGAGCUGGGGCCAUGGCGAGCAAGGUCAGCUUGGCCAUGGAGACAACCUGGACAGAUUGCAGCCACUCUGCAUCAAAAGUCUCAACAAUAAGGAGGUGGUGCGAGUGGCAGCCGGCGCUCAUCAUUCCCUCGCUCUGACUGCGCAGUCACAGCUGUUCUCAUGGGGAAGUAACAGCCAUGGACAACUGGGCCAUAUGGAAUCCCCCAGCACUAUCCCUCGGCUAGCCAAACUGUCAGAGGGAAUCCGGGUUUGGGAUGUGAGUGCCGGAGUGCGACACAGCCUGAUGCUCGCUGAUGGAGACUGCAUCCAGCCCAUUAUUUACUACAGUGGAGAGCAGGUGAAGGAGGACACAGUAGAGAGUGGCACACAGGAAGACAGGGAGGAGCCAUCUGAAGGCUACACCCAGCAGCCGGUGCUGCUUCCCUUUUGCAUGAAUUUGGGAUUUGUAAGCACUGUCUUUUCUGGGGGCCGGCGGUGUGUUGCUCUGUCAGACAAAAACGUGAUGGGCUUUAUCGCCAGCCUCCAUGAGCUGGCAUCAGCAGAGAGGAAGUUCUACUGCAAACUGUGCAACAUCAAAACACAGGUCUUACGCCCGCUGCUGGAGUUGGAAUUGCUGAGCGCUACUCUUGGUACGGUCAAUUUCGGGCUCCUACAGACGCUUUCCAGUCGAUUCUGGCACUUGUGUCACCUGACCGGGCAGCACGCGGUCAGGGUGACCGCCGGCCUGCGACACAGCCGCAAUGUUAAAAGCCUACCUAUCCUUGAGCACCCCAGCAUCUUUCUGGACUCUUACAAUGAGUACUGUAGCACUUUGGCGGACUUCCAUGUGAUGGGAGGCUUCCUAACCAUGACUAAACCAGUACUAGAUUUUUUUGGAAAGAGUCAUGAGCUGCUCCAAAGGCUGGCUGAGUGCACUGAGGAAAACCUCGCCAUUCCGGACGUCUUGGUGGCGCUCUUUAGCCUCCCUGUGAACCAUCUUCUAGAGUACGGGCGACUGCUUCUCAAACUGGCCACUUGCUUUGAAGUGUGCUCUGACGAUUAUCAGCGGCUGCAGGACAGCUGCUCAAAGUUUGAAGCUUUGGCCCUUCUGCUGAAGAAGAAAUUAAAGGAAGCCGAGUUCACUUUUCUCUUCUGGAAGAGCUUUCCUGGAAAGAUGACGGACUCACUGCGAAAGCCUCACCGCCGUCUCAUUUGUGAGAGCAGCAACAAAGCUCUGACGCUGCAGAACUCAGGGAGGUUCUCAGUCAACUGGUUCAUCCUUUUUAACGACGCGCUUGUCCAUGCACAGGGUGUGGCGCCUUAUAAAAACCUUUUCUCAACGCAUCAUGUGUUCUCCUUGGCCACUUUGUGGGUGGAGCCCAUUUCGGAGGACAACGCCGGCCUUUAUGGCCUUAAAAUAAUCACACCAGAAGAGAUGUUCACCCUGCUGGCCAGUUCCCCUAUGGAGAAGGCGAAGUGGAUCCGCUGCAUCAACCAGGCGGUGGAUCAGGCCCUGAACUUUGGUGAGGGACAAAAGUUUGAGCCUCCCAUUUCUAGGAGCGCUACCUACACGUUUUAUAAGGACGGCCGACUGAAAGACGCAACCUAUGAGGGUCGCUGGCUGGCCGGCAAGCCCCAUGGCAGGGGUGUGUUAAAGUGGCCGGAUGGGAGGAGUUACACCGGGUCAUUCAAGAAUGGACUGGAGGAUGGUUUUGGCGAAUUUGUGGCUCCGAAUAAGACCGUGAACAAGAACGAUCACUAUCAAGGUCACUGGAAAGAUGGCAAAAUGCACGGCUUGGGGACAUACAGAUACGCCAAUGGCGAGAUCUACGACGGUUCCUUCCAGGACGGUUUGCGCCACGGCCAUGGAAUGCUUCGCAGCGGCAAGCUCAACACCUCCUCCCCCAGUGUCUUCAUAGGCCAGUGGGUGCACGACAAGAAGACUGGCUAUGGCGUGUUUGACAACAUCACCAAAGGGGAGAAGUACAUUGGCAUGUGGCAGGACAACCAGCGACAAGGCACCGGGAUUGUGGUCACACAGUUUGGGCUUUACUACGAAGGAUCCUUCAAAGACAAUAAGAUGAUGGGUACUGGCAUCCUGCUGUCAGAGGAUGACACAACAUAUGAGGGAGACUUCUCUGAUGACUGGACCCUCAACGGCAAGGGAGUUCUGACGAUGCCUAAUGGCGACUACCUGGAGGGCUCCUUCAAUGGUGAAUGGGGACUCGGCCCAAAAGUGACCGGCUCCUACUUCAAGCCACAACUAACUGAUAACGAAAAGGAGAAAACUCGCUCAGUAAAGCUGGGUCGACUGUGUGUGUGCGCUGAGGAGAAGUGGCAGGCAGUGUUUGACGAGUGUUGGAUUCAGCUGGGAUGCGAGGCCGCAAGCCAGGGAGAGAACUGGAAGGCAUGGGAGAACAUUGCAGUUGCCCUUACCACAAGCCGGCGACACAUCCAGGACAGGUACACACAUGAAACACACUUUUUGUUUUUAAAGCUCAGACGUGUUCAUUCUUGUCUUUCUGUUACUUUUAUCAGUCCAGAACGUCUGUCUCUGAGUCACAGCAGGACAUUGGAGAGUCUAGAAGUCAUCCCUCAACAUGAAGGACCCAUCACCAUGGAGCGAUAUCACGCUAUCCGCCUUUACCUCGUCAAGGCAUGUGACACGUCGUUGCACCCACUAGGCCGGCUCGUGGAAGCCCUGGUGGCAGUCUACAGGAUGACGUACGUUGGCGUCGGAGCCAACCGACGGCUCCUCCUACAGGCUGUCAGCGAGAUCAAAUCGUAUCUGAACCGCAUCUUCCAGAUCGUUAGGUUUCUGUUCCCAGACCUGCCAGAAGAGGGCGGUGUAAUUAAAGAGCCAACCACUGACCUUCAGGGCGGGAAGGACUCAGGCUUGAAACUUGAAAGUUUGCCCGAACAUGAAGAUUCAAAGCAGAACAUUAUUACGGACCAGUCAUCUUUCCUUCUCAGCCACAUGGUGAGCAGUUCAGCUCUGCUGCUUCCUGUCCUGUUGCCCCGCCUCUAUCCGCCGCUCUUCACCCUCUACGCUCUGGACAAGGAGCGAGAGGACGAUGUCUACUGGGAGUGCGUCCUCCGUCUAAACAAGCAGACUGACCUGGCACUGCUUGCUUUUCUGGGUGUCCAGCAGAAGUUCUGGCCCGUUUCUAUCUACAUACCACCAGCACCAGCGAAGAGGCAAGAGGUUCUGUCCAGCACUAAGGACGCCUGCUUCGCCUCAGCAGUAGAAACUCUGCAGCAGAUUAGCACCACGUUCACCCCGUCCGACAAACUACAGGUGAUCCAGCAAACCUUCGAGGAGAUCACAAAGGAAGUGCAAUCACUGCUGAAGCAGGAUUUCUUGUGGUCCAUGGACGACCUAUUUCCUGUUUUCCUCUAUGUGGUGCUGCGUGCUCGAAUCAGGAACCUUGGGUCCGAGGUCAACCUGAUUGAAGACCUGAUGGAUCCAUGUGUCCAGAAUGGAGAGCAUGGAAUCAUGUUCACUACUCUGAAGGCCUGUUACUACCAGAUCCAGCACGAGAAGGUCACUUAAUGCAGUUUUGAGUUGGUGCUUCUCCCACAGCACCCUAUCACCGGGGCUGUUCCAGACUGACACACAUAUGCCGGAGCCAAUGGGGAGCCAGGGAUCAGCUGAUGUCACUGAGCAUUACGUCUACCGCUGAUGUGGACGCGCCGCCACCCAGCAGCUGCUGUGAGUGCUGUCACUUCCGCGGAUGCAAAAACUGUCCAUAUGAAUCCAUUGUUUACCUGGAAGGGGAACAGAGUUCUUUGUGCCAACUGACUUUAUUUUAUUCUUCUGUCAAUCUCUCUUUUAAUUGUCAUCCUGUAAAACAGGUCAAGUCACAUUUAAGCACACAGCAGUGAUAGAUAAUUCAUUUGUUAAUCAAAUAAUUGAACAAUUUGUUAAUUCAAUAAUUAAACAGGAAAGAUGAGGAUGGACAACAUCCCCAUUUGUUGCCUUUCCUUACCUAAUUCCUGUUGUUGCCUGAGGUACCAAAAAGUGGCACCAAACUUCAAUUUGGAGCAUAAAGGAAGUUACUCACCUGCAAACGUUGUUUAUGACCCCUUGCUCUGAUUAAUGUUCUUUCUGCGAGGGGUUUGCAUCUCCUCUUGUUGUGUUGUAAAAGGGCUUCAGAGGGAUCACCAACCACUGAUUUAAUAGUUAAAGUGAAUUAUUUUUGGCACUUUAUUUCACUUUUUGUUUUAAUCUUACCUGUAUGGACCGGUGCGUGUGUCAUGACAUAACGGUAGUGUGAAGUUUUACCAAUGCUGUAGUUAAUAUGACUUUAAGGUUUGUUGCUGCUAAACUAAAGCUUUAUAUUGAUGGACUUGUUUAUGAAGCAAACUCUUUCACAAGGAAACUGACAAUUUGUGACAAUAAUUCUGUCAGUAUUUUGUUGACACUUGUUACCUUUUAAGUCAUGACAGGACAAAAUAU